CGAAAUACUGUCUAUUGCCACUGCCAUUCUUGCUAACACGAUACCUUAUAAGAGUGAUUGCAUUGUUAACUUUGACAACCUGGACAUACAAAGACGCUUUGAAUAUUUUUUAUUAUUUUUUCGUAUUCUAGGGCCAGGUUCAGGAUAUUAUCAUCGAGGACAAACUGCAAACCACGGUGAAAAUCCAAACCAAGGUCAAUAUCCGAAUCAAGGUAACCCAUACCCUCACGGCGACGGUGGGUACCAAGGAGCAUUUGGGUAUGAUGGAGGAGGGCCUUUGCUUUACGAUCCUGGAUCUCGUAACUCUUUCGUUCGUCUUGUAAUGGGACUGGUGCUGUUAAUGUUACUUGCCACUGCUGCUUUCCUUGCAAUCGUUUUGACGAUACCCGAAGUGAAGGACUUUUUCGAAAGGUGUGGAUGGCUUAUACUUUUUCCAGCAAUGGUAGUCCUGAUUAUAGUGAAUUGUGCUAUGAUGUGUUCACCAUGCGCGAGACGUCCUCCCUGUAACUUCGUUUGCUUGGCUUUGGCGACAGCUUCAAUGAGUGUAUUCGCAGCGAGAGUAACAUGUCACUAUCGAACUGAAAUUAUAUUGUAUGCAGUAAUUGCUACUACCACAGUUGUAUUGGUUUGCGUUCUUCUGGCUUUUUCAAGUUUUGACUUCACAAGCUACAUGCUGUAUAUAAUCGCAAUUGUCACAGCCUUUUCUGUGCUUGCCAUAAUAGUACUUGUCACGCUGGUGCUAACGGGUACUUUCAUGAAACCCGUGAUCAUUGUUGUAUUGUCUGUAGGGACUUUUAUACAAAUUGUGAUGGAACUCAAAAAUUUCAAUAAAGGCGGUGUCUGCAAAAUCAUCGAAAAUUAUUAUGACCACACCGAUUCUGAUUGACAUCACUUCUGACUGAAAAGCAGGAAAAUUGGCAGUGAACGAAAUUUCGGCGUUCCAAAGAAAUUUAAUGUUGAAUGGAAAUAAAAAAAAAAAAAAACUGUACUUUAUUUGAAAAUUAUGGUUUUAAUAAAAGA